ACUGUCAUAUUCUCCCUUUCCGCCAAGCUUGGACUGGACGGACCCUCCUCCUCUUUCUCUCUCUGUAUGUAUCUAUAUGUGUAUAUAUAUAUACACACACACAGAGACAGACACAUAAUCCCAUUACUUCAAAACUACUCGUAUUUCCUUCAUAGUGAAUGGCUUUUCGUACAUCCAUAGCCAAGCGCAUAUUCAACUUCAAACAAGCAGAGUCACCUGCGCCGAUCAAACGUGCUCCGUUAUCCGGCGAGAACGAUCUACCAUCCAGAUUGAGCUUCCACAGGCAGCUAAUCACGCCGCCGCGAGGCACAAUCGGUGCAAUUUUCCAGCGGUUCUUCCACCGGAGAGCGAUCAACGCCGCCACGUGGCUGCCGAAGUUCGUGACGGCUCCGGCGGGAGACGAAUCCAGGAAGAAUAUGCGGCCUCUCAACAUUCCCGGCGGCCGGAUCGGGCUCGCUCCGCCUCCGCGGAUGCGAGAUCCGGAGGAGGCGGCGGUGCACCAGAUUUCGGUGAACGAUAUGCGGAAGAUUCUGCGAUCUGCUCAGCUGGAGAAGGUGAGGUCGAGGAUCAGAGGAGUCGCCGUGAAUUGCGUGCCGUACGCGGAGUUUGUUACGAUUUGUGGAUGCGGUUGUAAUAACAGAGAGCAAGCUCUGGAAUUUGCGAAGAUGAUGGACGAGUCCGGCACUGUCAUCGUUCUUGGCGACGUCGUUUUGCUCCGCCCCGAUUUGGUGGCGAAAUCUAUGGAGAAAAUGAUUUACGAGAGAAUUGUGUUGCCAAACGAUCCGAGAAGGAAAGAGCUAGAAACAAUGGAGAAGCAAAAGGGCUUUAUCGACCAAAAGGCCCAAUCACUAGUCAAAAGAGAACUAUACUGCGGGCUGGGCUUUCUAGCCCUGCAAACGUUGGGCUUCAUGAGGCUAACAUUUUGGGAGCUGAGUUGGGAUGUUAUGGAGCCCAUUUGCUUCUUCGUCACGUCAUUUCACUUCGGGCUGGCCUACACUUUCUUCCUCCGGACUUCCAAAGAGCCCAGUUUUGAAGGGUAUUUCCGACGUCGUUUGAAAACAAAGCAAGAAAAACUCAUGAAACUAUACAAUUUCGAUGUCGAAAAAUACAAUAAGCUCAGGGAAGCCUUUUUCCACGUGGAUUAUGAUUUAUGACCCCAUGUACAAAAUAUAAAUUUGUUUAUAGAUCCUAGAAAAGACCAUUAAGGUAAUGAAAAUUAUAUGUACCAAAUGGAUGGGAAAAAUGUCUUUAUACCAUUAAAAUUUUGUUCAUUUG